GUUUUGUUUUCUUUCUUUCUUUUUUUCUUUUUCUUAACUUGUUCUCUAUAUUAUUAUGUCACUUCGUAUUUUGUCUACUCGUAUUAUUCAAUCUUCUACUCCUUUGAACAAGGUUGCUUCUAUGACCAUCUUGCGUAGUUAUACUACCAAAAAGUACACCAAGGAUCAUGAAUGGGUUAGUGUUUAUCAUGGUGUAGGUACCGUUGGUGUGACGGAUUAUGCUCAAAAGGCUUUGGGUGAUAUCGUAUUUGUUGAAACUCCUGUUACCGGUGAUAGCGUGUCAGAAGGAGAACAAAUUGGUGCUAUUGAAUCCGUCAAGGCUGCAAGUGAUAUUUAUGCUCCUGUCAGUGGUAAAGUGGUAGAUGUCAAUGGUACUUUGUCUGAUGAACCUACUUUGAUCAACACUAAUCCUGAAGAUAAAGGAUGGUUGUUCAAAGUCAAGUUAUCCAAUGAAUCUGAAUUGGACUCUUUAUUGGACAAAGCUGCUUACGACAAGCUUGUAGAAUCUAUUGAAACUUAAAAUCAUUAUUCAUUUGUAUUUUUACCCCCCCCCCCUACCUUUCAGAUAUGUUGUGAUAUUAGUAUAGUUUACUAUAUACUUUAUUCUUUUUUUUUUUCAUUCAUCAAUCAAUCAAUCAAUCAAUCAGUCAAUGAAAUAAAACAAAUGUUUAUCUUACUUUUAA